UCUGACAGCAUUCUAGGCUUUCUCUAGUGCUCCUCCCCCUUUUGCUUCGACCCUCCUACUGCUCCUGCACUGUCAGUCACAUCUAAAGCUCUAGCACCGCAAGUUGUGACACACAAAGUGUAAAAUGGCCAUACCUCCAUCCUAUGCUGACCUAGGAAAAUCUGCUCGAGAUGUAUUCACCAAAGGAUAUGGUUUCGGCUUCAUAAAGCUCGACUUAAAAACAAAAUCAGAAAAUGGACUGGAAUUUACAAGCUCAGGUUCAGCAAAUGCCGAGACCAGCAAAGUCAGUGGCAGCCUGGAAACCAAAUAUAAGUGGUCAGAAUAUGGCUUGACAUUCACCGAGAAGUGGAACACUGAUAACACACUGGGCACAGAGAUUACUGUUGAAGAUCAGCUUGCAAAAGGACUGAAGUUGACCUUUGAUUCGUCAUUCUCUCCUAAUACUGGAAAGAAGAAUGCAAAGAUUAAGGGAGUCUACAAGCGAGAGCACAUUAACGUGGGCUGUGAUAUGGAUUUCGAUAUCGCCGGUCCCUCUGUACGCAGUGCUGUGGUAUUUGGCUAUGAAGGCUGGCUAGCUGGCUACCAAAUGACUUUUGAAUCUGCAAAGUCUAGAGUCUCACAGAGCAACUUUGCCGUUGGAUAUAAAACUGAUGAAUUCCAGCUGCACACCAAUGUGAACGAUGGUACAGAAUUUGGCGGCUCAGUAUAUCAGAAAGUAAAUGAUAAAUUGGAAACUGCCAUUAACUUGGCUUGGACAGCAGGAAACAGUAACACUCGCUUUGGAAUUGCAGCUAAAUAUCAAAUUGACUCAGAUGCAUCAUUUUCCGCUAAAGUGAAUAACUCAAGUCUGAUUGGAUUAGGAUAUACUCAAACCCUUAAGCCAGGUAUCAAAUUAACAUUAUCCACGCUACUCGAUGGCAAGAACAUCAAUGCAGGAGGUCACAAACUGGGCUUAGGACUAGAAUUUGAAGCAUAACAGAUUUCACUCUGCACCAGAUUAUUGUCUGAUGUUCUGCAGCAUAGAUAUCCUAAGAAUCUAGUGUACCUUUGUAAUGUAUGUGUCCUGGAUGCAAACAACCUUCUUUGUCAAUCCAGUGGGGGAGAACAAAAAUCACUAUGCUUUAAAGUGUUACUGCUAUGAAAUGCCAGACAAAUACACCUUAGGGAACAGAUUUUGCUACUCCAGGAUGAGUGUGAAAUACUUCAUAGCUGCUCAUUUCUACCAUACUUGUUAGACUGGAAGGUGUUACUUGCCUUUUUUUAAUAGAGUAGUUCUAAAAUGUAUUGAGAAAAACAAUAAUGUAUUUUAGAUUAUCCAAUUCUUUACCUCCGCAUUACAUUGUCAGGAUCUUAAAUUGAGAAGGGAUUGUGAUCAUCAACCAACUACACAACAAGGAACUUCACAACCAAGUAUUUCAUGGACUUUUCUUGUGUUAUAUGCCAGUUGUGUGACAUUACAAUUGUUGUCCAUAGACCAUCUUGCUGUAUUUUUCUGACUUUCAAUUUUGCACCUUGUAAUUCCCUUCCCUGACACACUACAGGAAAGCUUAGCAGAGCCAUAUGCAAGGGAAGAGACAUUGUUCCCCAAGUUUUUAACAGUAAUGUCAGUUGUAACCACAGUUUACCAAAAUAUUUUUACUUUAUUUCCUGCAUUAUUUCUUUCAUGUUUGUUUGUUUUUUAAGCAACUGAUCCAUGUAGUGUCUUCCAUCUUGUGAUACUAGACUCUCCCCUAUAUGCUGUAUGCAACAUCCACUCUAAUAAAUCCCAAAUGUGA